AGGGCUACAAGUACACAGCGUUAUGAAGCGUUGGGUGCGCAGUACUCUCGCCCUCGUUCUGGUGGCAUGGGCCCUUGCGGUGCCUGCCCUGGCCGACGACGUCGAGUGCAGUCCGGAGGAGGAGGAGCGAGUCAUCACAAACAUGAGUGACCGCAAGCGGCUGGCAGUCCUGCUCAUCCUGUCCACGCUCAUUGCUACCACCAUUUGCUUUGAGCUGGCCAAGGACAAGCUGGAGGAGCUUGUGGAAGGCCCGAUGCAGCCGAUUCUAGACUCGAUGUGGGGAGAGCUGACGGUUUUAGGCUUCCUCGGCCUCAUGACGUUCAUCAUCCAACGGACUGGGUGGCUGUCGCGGCUCUCGUGCUCACAGUUUGCCGACAACUCAACGCUGCCCGAGGCGGUAGAGACGACGCACAUGCUCAUCUUUGCAGUGAUGGUCAUGUUCAUCUGCGAGGUUGUUCUUCUGGUACUCAUUGGUAAGCGUAUCAUGCGCAAAUGGCGGCAGCUGGAGCUUGGGACGGACGAGCUGAGCGAGAUGGAGGAGGUGGCCCACGACUGGGUCUCGCACGUCCACUCGGACUCGAACUGGGACUGCGGGAUGUACAUGCUGUCGAUGAAGUCGUCGGUCCGCGAGAAGCUCGAGUACAUGCUGCUUCGAGCGCAGUUUGUGAAGCAGCACGACUCGUGCGGCGACGACUUUGACUUUGCGCAGUACUUGGCGAUUGUUCUCGGUGAGGAGCUCGGCGAGAUUGUCGAGGUCCAGCUCACCACGUGGCUCGCGCUCGAGGUCCUCUUUGUCUGCUUCUACUUUUACUUUGCGCUCGCCGAUGAGGCGAUUGUGGGCGGCGUCAUCGGCGUCGCCUUCUUGCUCUUCGUCUUUCUCCUCUUCGUCAAGGCCAAGCUCAACAAAGUGCACUCGAUGCUGACGCCCAAGCCUGCGCCGGGUGUCUCACUCGACUCGAGCGAGACAGAUCCGUUGGUGGCGCUGCAGAAUGCGGCCCAGCCGACGUUUGUGCUCCAGCCACUGAAGCAGCGGAGCUGGCUGGGGCGUCUCAUUCUGGGCGAGCCACCCAAUAAGCACGAGCGGCUGUUUUGGCUCGAUCGGCACGGCCCACGGGCGCUGUACGUCAUUAUCCAGUUCUCACUGCUGUUCAUCGCGCUCUACAUCGCCGUCAUGUCCAUCUACAUCUCACCGGUCAUCCUCAACCUCGAGGUGGAAACCGCUGUCAAGGUCACGCUCCUUGCUGCGGGCUACGUCCCGAUUCUGCUUGCACUCCUCUGGCUCAUGCCUGUUAUUAUUGCGCGAUACGUCGAAGUGUGCAACAUCGAGAUGCUCAAGCGCGAGCCAAUCAUCAAGGAUGUGGUGCGGUCGCUGAAGACCGCCAAGGCUCUGCGUGCCAUCCGCAUGCUCCAUGUCAUCGCCUUUACACAAGUCCACCGUGAGCGACGUGAGCGGUCCGAGGGCGCCGGCACGCUGACCAUCAAUGGUGAUAGUCCAACGACGCAUGCUUCGCUCUCGCAGCGCUCGCUUGACGGGGAGUCGCGGGUCAUUCUGGAGUCGAUUGUUGCACACCACCACCUGUCAGACGACCGCGAGGCCGAGCUGCGUGAGAUGUUCGAGCUCUUUGACGAGGACGGCUCAGGCUGCCUCGACAUCGACGAGCUGGGAAGGUUGAUGACCAAGCUUGGGACGCCCAUUGAUGCGCAGAUUCUACGGGCCAUGGUGGCUGCGGUUGAUGACGACGGCGACAUGGAGCUCGAUUGCGACGAGUACGUGGAGCUUCUCUCGGCGUACGAGGCGGUCAAGGUCAUGGACUCUGAGCUCUCUGUUAAGCUCAUGUUUAACAUGCUGGACGCCGACGGCGACGGUUCCAUCUCGCUCACCGAGCUGCGCGAGGCGCUCAACUCUCUCGGCAACGGCGAAGCAUUCUCCUACACAGAGGUCGAGGAGCUGCUCCGCGACAUCGAUGAGGACGGUGACGGUGAGAUUGAUUUGGAAGAGUUGGGCGCACUGAUGCGGACCAUGAUGCAAUAAGUGAGAUAGCGCAAAAAGGGGG